UCUUCCUCUUCUUCCUCUCUGCGCUCGUCUUCCCACCUCUCUUUCCUCCUCUUUCCCCUCUUCUCAUUCUGUCUGCCACCCCCUUCUUCUAUAAUCUCUGCUUUUCACUUAUCACCACUGAUCUCUCCUCCUCCUCCUCCUCCACUCUACUUUUCACUCUCCAUCCCUUUUCAUUCUUUUGGACCUCUUUUUUUCUUUCUCUUGGCGCAUGGAGUGAGAAGGUUUUUUUAACUACUCCACUCUCUCCUGUCCUCCUCCCUCCAUCACGUCCCAUGGGCAUCCGUGCGUCUGCCAGACCAGAGCCUCAUGGUCGUGGAGGCGGCUCUCAGCCGGGCCAGGCGGACUCUCCAACCCCAGAGCAGGACGAGGAGAUCCUGGGCUCUGAUGACGAUGAGCAGGAGGACCCCAACGACUACUGCAAAGGUGGAUAUCACCAUGUGAAGAUUGGAGAUCUCUUCCACGGGAGAUACCAUGUGAUCCGUAAGCUGGGCUGGGGGCACUUCUCCACCGUGUGGCUGGCCUGGGACAUCCAGGAGAAGCGCUUUGUGGCCAUGAAAGUUGUAAAAAGUGCUGAACAUUACACAGAAACUGCUCUGGAUGAGAUCAAGCUGCUGAAAUCCGUGAGAAACACAGAUCCCAGCGACCCCAGCAGAGAGAAAGUGGUGCAGCUUCUAGACGACUUCAAAAUUUCUGGCAUGAACGGCACUCAUGUGUGCAUGGUGUUUGAGGUGCUGGGUUAUCACCUACUGAAGUGGAUCAUCAAGUCGAAUUAUCAAGGCCUGCCCCUACCCUGUGUUAAAAGCAUCAUACAACAGGUUCUGCAGGGUUUAGACUACCUCCACACCAAGUGUAAGAUCAUCCACACGGACAUCAAACCAGAGAACAUUCUGCUGACCGUCAACGAGCCCUACAUCAAGAAAAUGGCUGCUGAAGCUACGCAGUGGCAGAAGACCGGCGCUGCACCUCCCUCGGGUUCUGCAGUGAGUACAGCCCCAGCACCCAAACCAAUGGCCAAAAUGUCAAAGAACAAAAAGAAGAAGAUGAAGAAGAAGCAAAGGAAGCAGGCAGAGAUGCUGGAGAAGAGGAUCCAGGAGAUGGAGGGAGGAGCAACAGAAGGAGGAGAAGAGGAGGACGAUGAGGAGACAACAACAGAGACCACAACAGAGACCACCGAAGAUACGACUUCAGCCACCAUCUCGAUGUCUGCCACGCUGCAAGACAUCGCUAACCAUACAAUCACAGACUCGACUCCUGACGAGCAGCCCCAGCAGAUACCAGAGGUAAAUGAGCGGGGGGAGAAUGCGGCCGAGGAGGAGAACGGGAUGGAGGUGAACUGCAACGGCCACGCUUCCAGACCGGAGAGCGAGACCAGCGUAGAGGUACAAGGGACCAAGCAGUUGACAGAGGAGCAGGAGGACCAACAGAACGCAAACCAACCAGAAAGUAGCACAGAGACCCAGGACACGUUAAGUAACAAAGAAGAGCAUCAGACCUGUAACGGUUCACCUGGGGACCCAGACGCCGACCCGCAGCAGCUCCCUGCCUCUCUCAGCCCAGACUGUGUCACUGUGGAGCUGAAGGACGGAGACGAGGAGGAGGAGAAGAAGGGGGAGGAGAUGGACACUCAAGGGGAGACCAAACGAGGGGAUGAAGAAGACGACAGCCAGGAUGGAGGAUCAGGCAACAUGUUAGUGAACCCCCUUGAGCCUCUUAACGCUGACAAGCUGCAGGUUAAGAUCGCUGACCUCGGCAACGCCUGCUGGGUGAACAAACAUUUCACAGACGACAUCCAGACACGGCAGUAUCGAUCUCUUGAGGUGCUGACGGGAGCCGGCUACAGCACACCAGCAGACAUCUGGAGCACAGCCUGCAUGGCCUUCGAGCUCGCUACUGGAGAUUAUCUGUUUGAACCCCAUUCUGGAGAAGACUACUCCAGAGAUGAAGAUCACAUAGCGCUGAUCAUCGAGCUGCUAGGUAAAGUUCCUCGGAAGCUGAUCUUGGCGGGCAAAUACUCCAAGGAGUUUUUCACCAAGAAAGGCGACCUGCGUCACAUCACCAAGCUGAAGCCGUGGGGUUUAUUGGACGUGUUGGUGGAAAAGUACGAGUGGUCCAAAGACGAGGCGCACACCUUCAGCACCUUCCUGCUGCCCAUGCUGGACCUGGUGACUGAGAGGAGGGCCACCGCGGCCCAGUGUCUCUCCCACGCAUGGCUCACAUCCUAGAGGGCCGGGCCACGCACACCUCCACCCUCCAUAUUUUGAAAGGAUAAAUUAGGUUUGAAGAUCCCGGGCUUGACAUCAUACAGCAAAACAAACACAUUCUGUGUCUGUGAGACCCUGCGACUGCAUCGUGCCUGCAUCCUCCCGUCGUGGCUCUCGGAUGCUUCCCAUACUCACUUUGAUGAAUACAAUAAAAAGAGAGACUGCUGCUGAGUUUUAGUCCUGUCCUGGAUUACACUUCCUAUAUUUAUGGCUCUUUUUUUUUACUGGCUGUAUAGGACUUAUCGACCUUGCUCUCUUUUUUUUUUCCUGACUCCAGCUCUUUCUCUGCAGCACAUUAUUCUCUGUAUUUUUAGCUAUAGAUAAUUGACUGUCGGAUUUAAAAGGACGUUGCACUUGUCUACAAAUGCAGAAGAAGGAAGGAUGUUAACAGAAACAUUAAGAUCACCAUCAAAACAGCAUACUUUUAUCAUUUAGGUCAUUAACAAGCCAAAUCUUUGUUUGCCCGUCGUCAUGUUAGCCGUGCCAGUUUUUAUGCCUUUGGCUGUCAAAUGUGUGCAAAGUGCUCAGAAUUAAUAAGUACGUAAUGCUAACAGCCAUGAUGAGAGACUAGUUCUUAGCACUGUUAAGUUAGCUUUAUCCUUAACAACUUUUGUACAUUUGUAUACAGGCAUAACUACAUGAUUGGAAAGCAUUUGGAGAGAGACUCAUCAGAAAUCACACUAUUUUUCAGGACUGUGUAAUCUGAGAUUUUUCAAAUGUUCAUGUUGGUUUCAGCAUUAUCUUAUAUUGCGUUUUAAAAAAAAAAAGCACUUAUAUACACAAAAUAAUGUGAAAAACGUUCCGAUUCCUUUCCUACUUCAUGCACGAGAGGACAACUUUAUGCUGUUUCAUACCUGGAUC